AGAAGGUUGGGAGGAUCAGAGCACCACAGCUAAACAGACAGCAAAGAAGGCAGAAGAUGCAUGGAGGCAUGGCUCACAACUGCUGGCUCUUGGUCACACUCUCUCUUAAAGGUAUUCUUGCUGGUGAUUGGUCAGUUCAUCUCCCAUCUGGUCCCAUCUGUGCUGUGAUUGGUUCUUCCAUAGAAAUCUCGUGUUCCUAUGACUACCCGCAGACCUCCAAUGAAACCAGGGAAGAGGGGUGGCCCUCUGCUCAGGGUGGAGGAGGUGAAGGAGGACAAAAGUACAUGGUUUUGUCUGAGAUGUGGUGCCUUGAAGACAGCCGGUGUAUUACGGCAAGAUACGUGUACCACAGCGAUCACAUCUUCCCAGAUCCAUCCUACCAGAACAGGGUGCAGUACCUGGGAGAACCAGGAAGCAAGGUCUGCUCUCUGAGGAUUACUGAUCUAAGGCAGUCAGACAGCGGGACCUACGUGUUUUACCUCAUCACCAACCACUCCACAGAGAAGAUGCCAGAGCAGGCCGGCGUACAGCUCCUGGUGGCAGACUCCCCCAGUGCAGUCACUGCCUUAGCAAAUCCAUCCAGGGGCAUCACAGAGGGUGCAACCUUACGUUUGGCCUGCUGCAGCCCUGCAGAGUCACAGGCCAAUGUGACUUGGCACAAGAGCACAAGUAACAGCGUAGCACACACUGGACAGGUGUGGAAUAUUACUGAAGUUAAAUCAGAUGACUCUGGCAGCUACUACUGUCAGAUGCAAACUGGAGCCAAAGUGCAUAACUCAACCAUGCUACCAGUUGAUGUGCAGUAUGCUCCUCGAAACACAACCAUCUCAGUGUCACCUGCUGGACAGCUAGAUUACGAGCUCCCCAUGACUCUGACCUGCAGCAGUGAUGCUAACCCGCCCGUGCACACAUACAUCUGGUACCAGGGUGCAGCAUGUCUCAGUGACGCAGACAAAAGCUUUCAUCAAGGCAGACGAACUGUAGCUACACCCACAGGAAGCAGCCAGACAUCCAGCAGUGCCAACAUCACCACUGAGGAAUCUGGGCAGCACUGCUGUGUGGCACGAAACAGACAUGGAUCUCAGACUUUCAGUAUAACGCCCAGAGCCUCCAGAGCUGUGAUCCCACCCCUCUCUGGAAAAAGAAAAGGGGUGAUUGCUGGAGUGUUCAUUGGAAUCUUUCUGGUUAUUGUUGUCAUAGCCAUCUGUGUCAUAAGGAGACAGAAGUCCUCCAGACGUCAGUCAUAUGUGCUCACUGCAACUGCGUCAGAGCCUUAAAGA